AUGGAGCGGGGUAUAAAAGAAGCGGCACAGCAAUGCGUCGGCCUUUUCACGCGGUGCCUGGAAAUCCCACCUCUCAUGGAAAACGAGUGGGCCGAGAAUCGCCUUGCGGAUAUGAACUUAUGGAUAUCAGGCACCGGAGCCUGCGCCAGAGGACGAGCUUCUUUGGACUCGAGACUAGCCUCGAGGCCCGAAGCUCAUGAUGUGAUCGUCAAUUUAUUGCGCCUGCUAAGUACUAUGAUUGACGAAUGUCUAAAACAAAGCAAAAUACAAGAUGUUUCGCACAUCUCUCACAAUGAAGAAGACCCUGCCUCUUCUGAGAACGAAAGACAAGGGCGAGCAUUUUCCCCAUGGUCCGAUGAUUCUAGCUCCGAUGGCCAGUUGAUGGACCGUCAUGAGUUGCGGAAUCCAUCCAGGAAUCUGUUGUAUGAGUCAAUGUAUGACAUUGAGUUGAUGAUGGAUCAACUUUCCCGGAUCGCAGUUGCCAUUCGUCGCUCUGUACGACGCUCACGGUUGCAAAAGGCAGACCAACUGUUCAACGCAUCAGAACACCAGAAACUAGAAGGCCACCUUGUUGGAAUGUUACUCUGUCAAUUAAAUGGCCGUAUUCAAGAAAGAGACCCAUCGCAGUUGAAUGAAGUACAAUUGCGAUUGGUACACUGCAACCUAAAGCGUCGAAAUCGCUUUUUGUAUUCUCAAAGACACGCCAUGGGUCUGGAUGCUGGCUACGUACGUCGCACACCUGUACCGAAGCCAGCUGGAUCAGCACAGAAGGAGACACCCCAAGAAAGCCCGUGUUGGGAAUCCUCAAAUAAUAGCCCAAUGCACGCCAACAACACCGUAAUCACGGGAACUAGUGCCUCCGGACUGUCCGAUGACUUUCAUUUAUCGCAAUCAAGACACACAGUACACCAAAAAGAUCACGCUAUAUCCAUCACGUCUUCCGCAGUAUCAACUACUGCACGCGAAGUAGAUUACCCGCGCCCGCCUCAGCUUAAAGAUGAUGCGCGGCUCUUUCGGUGUCCCUGUUGCUGCGAAGCGCUUCCUGCAAAAAUGACAGAUGAAAUUAGGUGGAGGAAACAUAUCGAAGAUGAUUUGAGCCCCUACACCUGUGUUUUGGCUAGUUGUGAUCAGCCUUAUGUCCUCUUCAAUACAGAGGAUAGUUGGCGACAGCACAUGCUGAAGGACCACAACAGCAUGACAUAUUGGACAUGCUUUGCAUGUGGUGAUGGAAAACAAUUUUCGAGAAGGAAAGACUUUGUACAGCACACAAAGUUCUUUCAUGCUGCGACCGUUCCAUUAGCCCAUAUACCAGUCCUGGUUGAGUUGUCCAAGAAGACAAUACCAUCAGAAAUCCGACACUGUCCACUGUGCAAUUGGCCAAAAGCCGACGAAGUCGAAGUGGAAAAAGAUGCACUGUUAAAUCAUAUCGCUAAGGAGGUCCACUCUUUCUCGCUCCGGGCAUUACCAUGGGCGGAUGAUAACGGACAAGAGAUUGAUGAAAAUAUUUACAACAGCUCCGAAAAGGUCUACGACUGGCUC